AUGGCGGGGAGCGUCAAAGCCCUGGUCAUCCUGCUUUUUGCUCUGCUUCAGCUGGCCCAAGGGUGCAUCCACCACAAGUUAGAUCACAAGGUAGUCGACAGCCAGCAGCACUACGGAGACAUCCACCCAUUCGACGUUGCCAACAGGAAGCGGAGGCUCGAUGGGGAAGACGUGACCAACUUCCAGACGUACGAGUCUGCUGUAGCUGACGACGCCUACCAACCGAUCCGCAUCACGCCGUACUACGACGAAGCCACGCUCAGCCUCAUCACGGAAGACGAGCGAACGGUCCUCUACCAGGUCGUCGGCGACGCUAUCGAGCGGUUCCAGAAUGCACUGAAGGUCGUCCCAGUCCAAGGCAAGUUGGCUGCUCAGCACACGUGCUCCUCCUACUAUCCGUCAACGCCUCGCGUCUGCAGCGGCUUCGUCAAGAACGAGAAAUGCCUGGAGAUGGUGAUCCCCGCUGAGCAUUUCGGAGCCACGCUCAAGUGCAGCACCUGUCCUAGUGAGGAUGGCUGCAAAGGUGGCGACUGUGAAUACUCAGACGCUAACGGGGUUGAGAAUACCGACUUCCUGCUCUACGUCCGGUCCGCGGAUACCGUCAACUGCGGCUCUCGGACACUUGCCUACGCCUCGUCCUGCCAGAAAGAUCAAUACGACCGCCCUACCUUCGGGAUGGUCAACUUCUGCCCUACCCAGAUCAGCACAUUGGCUGAAGACUACGAGUCGCAGGUCUCUACGGCCAUGCACGAAAUGACCCACGCGCUUGGGUUUUCAGCGCAGUUCUUCCCUCUAAUGCGCUACCCUGACGGCACUCCGCGGACCCCACGCGACGAAAAAGGCAACCCGCCUACUUACAGGUCAGGAACUUGUCCCGACGGCUCGGAGAUCAGCUACUACGUCGAACCCAGCGCCGACACAGUGCAGUACUCAACCGAGCGAGGCCACUCAGUCGCCAAGAUGGUCACGCCCAAUGUCGCCGCGUUUGUGCAGUCGCACUUCGGUUGCGAGUCACUGAGUGGAGCUGAGAUCGAGCAGCAAGACGGAACUGGUUGCUUGGGUUCCCACUGGGAAGAACGUAUCUUCGAGCCUGAGUACAUGACGCCGGUCGACAGCUUCCGCAACGUCUUCAGUGCACUGACCCUGGCGUUCUUCGAGGACUCUGGAUGGUAUCGCGCCAAUGUAUCGGCCGCUGAGCGGAUGCACUUCGGAGAGAGCCGCGGAUGCGCGUUUGCCACUGAGAAGUGCAUCAACCCAGAGACUGGCGUGUCCAUUGCAAGCGACCACUUCUGCACCAGCAACAGCGCCGAAAGCUGCUCCGUGGACGCGACGUCGCGCUCCGUUUGCUCCCUUCUGGACGGUGAGAGUAUCCCAAACGACUAUCAGUACUUCCCGGGUGACCCGACCAAGGGAGGAGACUCGUACCCCGACUACUGUCCGAUUAACGUCGGAUACACUUACGGAGACUGCAGCAAUGCCAACAACCUGCAGCUAGCGGGCCAAGCGGAGGUCAACAUCCUGGGCGAGUCGUAUGGCUCCAGUUCCAGGUGCACAGCUAGUACGCUGCGCAGUGAAGACUCGACCAAUUGGGUUGUGAACGCUUACCGCCAAACGGGAUGCUACGCAAUGCGCUGCUACGCCAGUACAGCCAGCAACGACUCGAGUCAGAGUACGAUCGAGUUGACGAUCCCUCGUAGCAAGACAAACGACGCGGUUCGGGUGAACUGCACGACGAAAGGCGAACAACUGUCGGUGCCGGGGUUUUCAGGCUUGCUGACGUGUCCGGACCCAAAUGUUAUCUGCGAUUCUGCUGCUAGCUACAGUUUCGUACACGACUCGGGUACGGGAGGAACCGGUUCAGGUACUGUUAACCUGCGUUCCCCCAACGCGGCAACCACACAACACUCAACAGCGUCUUGGGUCGCACACUUGGUUGGGCUGUUCGUGGCUGUCUACGCGGCUGCGCCCUAG